UUUGUUUUAAUGAUUUCACAUCCCGGCAGAUAUUCGAUCAAAUCAUAACUGACUUCGAAUGGAAGUUAUUCGCCAUAUUGUACGAAGGCACGGACGGUCUGAUCCGCACUCAGCGCAUGCUACAACGCAGAGAAGCGAAACGGCACACAAUUUUUUUAUACGCUUUAGGAACCGGGCCAAGUUACAGACAACCGAUGAAAGAGAUAAAAAGCGAGAAGAUCGAGAACAUACUAAUCGAUUGCAGUAUCGACAUACUUCCCGAGGUGCUUAAACAGGCUCAGCAAGUGGGCAUCAUGUCCGAAAAGAAUAACGUGAUAGUGACGUCACUGGACCUCCAAACGAUCGACCUGGAACCGUAUCAGUUCUCAGGGGUGAACUUCACAGGGGUACGUUUGAUAGAUCCUGAGAGUCCUUUGGUAAACAACACUGUGUGGGAGAACAAAAACGAAUGGGGCUUGGACGACCCUAGCCAAUUACGCGUAGAGCCUGCGCUCAUGUACGACGCAGUGCAGCUCUUCGCGAGAGCAUUCAAGCAGCUGAAAGACGCCAUCAAAGGCGACGUGAAACAGCUACCGUGCAACGGUACCAUGAGCUGGGAACAUGGCUACAGUCUAAGCAAUUUUAUGCGACUCGGAGAAAUGGAGGGUCUCACUGGGCUGAUCAAAUUCGACACGGCUGGCUUCCGCUCGGAUUUCCACUUGGACGUGAUAAGAAUUGCCGAAGGUGGUCCGAAGAAGAUCGGCGUGUGGAACAGUACGAGUCCAGUUGCAUGGAUAACGGAAAAGCAUACUCAAAUGUCUGAAGAAAUGAGUCUAGUCAAUAGAACGUUCAUCGUUCUAAUCGCCAUCGUGCGUAAACAUUCGUCAGUUUUGGGAAUUGACACAUUUACCAUGACCUCUCGUGGCGAGCAGUAG